AUGCGCUGGGCUCGGGUAGUGGCGCUGCUAUUGGCGGGUUUCCUAGACGCGGCGUCUGCGUCUGCGGCUGCGGCUGCGGCUGCGGCUGCGGUCGCGCCAGGGCACAGACGCCUCGACUUGAGUGACAGCAUUCACAGGAGGGCCGACGGCGGCAAGGGCGACAGCGGCAACUCUCUGUUGUACAUCAACAGCAGCCCGGCGUUGACGUUCCGCUACACGACGGCUCACGCGGUGUUCAGCAACUGGAUUGGCGUGUGGAAGGCGGAUGCGCGCGCGGCGACGCGGCCGCGGGAGGACAGCGCCGUGGCCAGGAACUUCGCGCGCGGCGUCGAGGGCGAGGUGCGCAUCACCGCCGCAAGCUCCUCAUCGGGCCUGGCCGCGGGCAAGUACUUGGCCUUUCUGUUCUCGCAGGGACUGCCCGUUGCAGGUCCCGUCGAGUUUGAACUGGCCGGCUCCGACAGCGACCCGUGCAGGGACCUCGACCUCGCCAAGUAUUGCACCGACCACAACAGGUGCAUUCCUCCCCACGCCCUCUGCCAGGGCGAAUGCUCCGGCGGACAGAAACGUUGCUUCGACGGAUGCAUUGCCCAAGACGACUUCUGCAACCCCGCCGCUUUUGGCGCGUGCCCGGCAGCCAAGCCCUCCGUCUGGCAAGGCGGCAUGUGCUGCGACGGCGGCCGCGAAGGCACUCAGGGCGGGGAGAACUGCAUUCCUCAGACCCUCCCGUGCAAUCCGGAACUGGGCAAAGAAUGCUUCGGCAAGUGCGUUUCCAAGCACGACUUCUGUCACGGUGAUGCCUUCGGCGUGUGCCCAGCCGCCAAACCCUCCAUUUGGCAGGGCGGCGUGUGCUGCAACGGCGGCAGUGACGGCACUCCCGGCGGCGAAAACUGCUCGCCUCAGAAGCCCCCAUGCAAUCCAAAGGCAGGCCGAGAGUGUUCUGGAAAAUGCGUCUCCAAGACCUCCACGUGCUGA